CCCACUGUACGUUCGGACCCUUGGAUGGGAAAAUUACCCUCGGAUGUUGUGGUCGAACGAGUUCUACCAUACCCACCCGACAAGUUGUCCAGAGGCGGACUCCAAAACAAAAACCAACAGUGCUGUGAAAAAGAAAACCUAUUUGCAAUGAUCGCUUUCAAGUUUCCAUUGUCCUACGGUGUGUCUUUAGCUACCCGAAGAUCGACUGCUUCGCUAUUGUUUUUUCCUAUGUAAGGAGCGGAAUCAUGGACUAUGAAGGAGAAUUUCUGAACGACCCAAACGACAAUGUCUCUGGUAACAUUAAGCCUACAAGAGAGCUGAUAACAAGGUCGAUAUUUAAAGUAUACAAGAGACGAUGGUUCGUUCUGUUGGUGUUGUGUCUUCUCAACAGUUCAAACGCUGCACUAUGGCUGACCUUCGCCCCGGUUGCCGACCAGUCCGCCCAGUACCUGCAUGCCACUCUGGACCAGGUCAACUGGCUGUCCCUGGUCUACAUGGUGGUGGCCAUCCCCCUCAGCUUCGGGACCACCUGGAUGAUAGACAGCCUGGGCCUGCGCAUCACGCUGAUCCUUGGCUCAUGGCUCAACAUGCUCGGGGCGCUGUUGAGGUUGUUCGGCACCUUUGAGAGCCUGGGUCUGAGCGACCCGUACCCCCUGGUGAUGUCGGGACAGACGCUCUGCGCCAUCGCUCAGCCCCUGGUCAUCUUCGCGCCCACCAAGAUGGCCGCCCUUUGGUUCUCGGAGAACCAACGGGCCACUGCCAACAUGAUCGCCUCCAUGUCCAAUCCUGUCGGGCUGCUGUUUGCUAACAUUCUCUCACCUUUGAUUGUCACUACCAACGACAGAAUCCCUCUUCUGAUGCUGGUGUAUGCUAUCCCAGCAUGCCUGGUCUGUUUCCUGGCAACUGUGGGUUUAAGGAGUAGUGGACCCCCUACGCCCCCCUCUGCCAGCGCAGAGUCUUCCACCUCUGAGCCUUUCAUCCAGGGCCUCAAACUGCUAUUGAGAAACCGGCCCUACCUAGUACUGUUGGUGUGCUUCGGCUGUGGUAUCGCCGUCUUUACCUGCUUCUCCUCCCUGCUGGAACAGAUCCUGUGCGUGCGUGGCUACAGCAACUUCUUCGCAGGGCUGUGCGGUUCUCUCUUCAUCGUGUUCGGUGUGGUCGGCGCGGGGGUCCUGGGCCUUUUUGUGGACAAGACCAAGAUGUUCACGGAGGUCACCAAGGUCAACAUGGCGCUCAGCGCGCUGGCCUGCAUCGCCUUCGCUGUGGUCUCUCAGAUGCGUCAGCAGGAAGUGGCUGUGGCGGCUGCCUGCUCCCUCUUCGGUCUGUUUGGUUUCGCGAUCUACCCCAUUGCCAUGGAGCUGUGUGUGGAGUGCACCUAUCCGGUCGGCGAGGCCACGUCCACGGGCCUCAUCUUCAUAUCAGGACAGGUGCAGUCAGUCGUCCUGAUGGUGGCACUGCAGGCGUUGACCAGGCCUCUGGCGGACUCCCCCUUCUCCACCUGCUCUAUCGGGGGAGACCCCGCACUCAGCUGGAGGGUGUCUGUUCUGGUGAUGGCAGGUGUGUUUGCAGCGCUGAGCUGCCUCUUCAUCAUCAUCUUCAACUCCCCGUACCGCAGGAUCCUGGCUGAGGCCAAGGCAGCCCAGAGUGGCCGGCCCAGCUUCAAGGCGGACUGCAUAGACACCAUUAGCCAGGCCGUGUGUCAGGGAACACUAGAACCCAGCAUUGGGACAAAAGAAAAUGAAGAACUAGAUCCAGGGAAAGACCAGCCAACUUUGUGACCAAGAGCCACAGUGAAACUUUAAGAAUCAGAGAACUACGGCUGUGGACUGUCGGAGCCAUGAGCAGCACAGGGACAAAGGUUCUAGGACUGGAGAAAAUACACGGAACAAAGACCAAGAACGUGGACCAAGAAGGUUUGUUUCUUCAUGCCACUUUGAAACGCCAAAGCCAAGUAAAUACACUGUAUAUGAUUUUACUUGAAGUUGUUCAACUGAUAGUACAUAGUUCUUUUAAAUGGGCCUUCAGGGACUGACUUCCUGCCAAGUGUAUGAGUAUUGGUUUAAAUCUAUUCAGUUUUAGGGUUCCGAACCAACCAAAUUGCAUCAAGGAGGAUAAUUCGCUAAAAUGAGGCCAGAAGCUUGUUUUUAUCAGCCAGGUGCAGUGCCUGUGGUGCGUUGUCUGGACUUCUCCUUCUUCACCUGAGGCACAUUUUGCGCAAUUCAUCCUUACCUCGGAUCACGUCUUCAUCCCUGCACCCGUCUUCAACUACUGUCAGAACAUGAGAUGAUGUACAACAGAAAUCCAAGAAGUCUUAAAUGGUACAUAAUCUGAACUGUCCCUGAAUAAUGUAUAAUAAUGUAACUGUUUUCCCAUGAACAGAACAGUUUGGUACAUCUGGGAUGAGGCAAUGGGACAUGAAGGUCAAUGGCAGAGGAAGAUUUGUUUUCUAUCUCUCUGAUAGUAAAUCUACUGUUAUGUCAUCUUCUGGCUGUAUGUACGGCUCCUGUAUGAUGUGUUGUGUGCUUCAUUCCUAUGAACAUGUUAUUUCAAGUGUUUUUCUUAUUUUCUAUGAAACUUUUAACAGGUCAAGAAUUCUAAUUUUCUAUUUUUUUAUGCUAAUAGCAGAAUUCCAACUUGGUCUCACAGGAAUCCGUGAAAUGACUACGGUCGGACGCUUAACUCGAAAUCCGUGGCCACAUCACGGAAACACGCCGAUAUCCGUGUGUGAGCCACGGAAUAACAGUGUCAUUUACUUGCAUUGGAGCAAAUUCCGUGGCCACAUCACGGACAAUUGAAGUGAUUCCGUCAGACCACCACGGAUUUUGAGUUAAGCCCCCGCUGUGGUCAAAUGUGGCACACACAGAUUGAAACGGGAGCACACACA